AGUUACUGACUUUUCCAUGAUCACAGUUUGUAGGUGAACACCAAGAUUCAGAAUUCCUGAUGUUGCUACUGCCGCUUUUCCAGUUAAUUCAAAGCAUUUCUUGUAAAAUAUCCCAUUGGGAGUAAAGUUAAAACUAAUUUAACCAGACUACUUUCCUGGGAACACUGCUUUUUUUAUGGCUUUCAGUUCACUCACUAAUCAAAGGAUGGAACCGAAAUUCCAGGGAGUAGUAUCCUUUAAGGAUGUGACUGUGGACUUCACUGAGGAGGAGUGGCAGUACCUGAACCCUGGCCAACGGUCCCUGUACAGGAAGGUGAUGCUGGAGAACUACAGUCACCUCGUCUCUGUGGGGUAUUGUGUGACCAAGCCAGAAGUGAUCUUCAAGCUGGAGCAAGGAGAGGAGCCGUGGAUGCUGGAGGAAACAUUCUCAAGUCGGAGCUUCCCAGAACUUUGCAAAGCUGGCCAUUUGAAGGACAGGAGCCAAGAAAAUCCAUGUAACUGUUUGUGGGAAGCUUCAUUGAUGAAUAACAAAAUGCGGAUUAAGGAGCAUGGGAAUGGAAGAGGAAAACCAUUUAACUUGGACAUAAGGUCUUUUCCUUCCACAAAAAUACUCUGUAAGUAUGACUUAGAUGGAAUUAGGUUCAACAAUAUUUCAGAAUUAUUUAUUAGGAAAACUUACUUAAGAAAGAAACCUGAUGAAUUUAAUUCCUGUGAAAAAUUAUUGUUCAACAUUAAAUGUGAGAAAACCCUUACUGGAGAGAAAAGUGAAAUUUUAAAAAAUAAAAUUGUUCUCAGUGAUCAUCCAACCCCUGUUCAGCAUGAAAAGAUGCAGACUUUAGAGCAAAUUUUUGAAUAUAAUAUGUGUCGGGACACCAUCCUGGAAAAGAAAAUAAUGCUCAAUCCACACAAAAGAACAGAAGAUAGAGGCUAUAAAUGCAGUGAAUAUGGAAGAACUUUCUGUGAUAACUCAUCCCUUGUGUUUCCUCAGACAUCUCUUUCUGAAGAGAAUCACUGUGAACUUAGUGACUGUGAUAAGCCAUUGUGUGGGAAAUCCACAGCUUUCCAACGUGAUGGUAUCUAUAUGAGACAUUAUGAGCAUAAUGAAAUUGAGAAUAAUUUUAGGUUAUGUCUCUCAAAAGUUCACAAAACUCAUAAAAGACAGAAAUACUUUCAGUGUAAUGACUGUGGCAAGGCUUUCUGUGAGAAGUCACAUCUCACACGACAUCAGAGAGUGCACACAGGAGAGAAACGCUUUCAGUGUUGUGAUUGUGGAAAAGCUUUCUGGGAGAAGUCAAACCUCAUUAAGCAUCAGAGAUCACACACAGGAGAGAAACCCUAUGAAUGCAAUCAGUGUGGGAAAGCCUUUAACCAUAAAUCAGCCCUUACAUUGCACCAGAGAACACAUACAGGGGAGAAACCCUACCAGUGUACUAUAUGUGGGAAAACAUUUUACCAAAAGUCAGACCUCACUAAACAUCAGAGAACACACACAGGGUUGAAACCCUAUGAAUGUUCUGAAUGUGGAAAAUCCUUUUGUACGAAUUCUCACCUUACAGUACAUCAGAGAACACAUACAGGGGAGAAGCCCUUCGGUUGCCCAGAUUGUGGGAAAUCCUUUUGUCAAAAAUCACAUCUUACACAGCAUCGGAGAAUUCACAUAGGGAAUAAACCGUAUGUAUGUAGUAUAUGUGGCAAAAGUUUCUACCAUAAGUCAGUGCUCACCAGGCAUCAGAUAACACAUACAGGAUUGAAACCUUAUAAUUGUUAUGAAUGUGGGAAGGCCUUUUGCUUAAAGUCAGACCUCACAAUGCAUGAGAGAACUCACACAGGAGAGAAACCCUUUACAUGCUCUGAAUGUGGGAAAUUCUUCAGCCAUAAGUCAACUCUCUCUCAACAUUUGAGAGCACAUACAGGGGAAAAACCCUAUGAAUGUCAUGAAUGUGGAAAAAUAUUUUACAACAAAUCUUAUCUGACCAAGCAUAAUAGAACACACACAGGGGAAAAACCAUAUGAAUGUAACAAAUGCAGGAAAACCUUCUGCCAGAAGUCCCAGCUCACACAGCAUCACAGAACUCAUAUGGGGGAGAAACCCUAUCAGUGUAGUGAAUGUGGAAAAACCUUCUGCCACAAGUCAGCUCUCACUGUACAUCAGAGAAUCCAUACAGAAGAAAAGCCCUAUAAAUGUCAUGAAUGUGGAAAAUCUUUCUGUGUGAAGUCGGGGCUUAUUUUCCAUCAGAGAAAACAUACAGGGGAGAAGCCCUAUGAAUGCAACGAAUGUGGGAAAUCUUUUAGUCACAAGUCAUCCCUCACAGUACAUCACAGAAUUCACACAGGGGAGAAAUCUUGUGAGUGCAAUGAUUGUGGGAAAAUCUUUUACCGAAAAUCAGACCUUGCUAAACAUCAGCGAUCACACACAGGGGAGAAGCCGUAUGAAUGUAACACAUGUGGGAAAACCUUCUCUCAAAAGUCAAACCUCAUUGUACAUCAGAAGUCACAUGCAAGAGGGAAUUCAUGAAUAAAAUGAAUAUAUUAUAAAUGUUUAGUCACUUGUCCAUACUACAGAGUGCACUCAUGGCAAAAGUUCUGUUGACAUACUAAAUGUUCAAUAACUUUUAUCCCCAAACUGAACUAACUUUAUUUCAGAGUAGUGUUAUGGGAAAAGCCCAUAGGCUGCAACAUAUUGUAGAGUACCCUUCAUUAAUAAGUGACAUCCUGAGCCAGGUAUGA